AUGGGUAAAGUUAUUUGGAGUCAAUGGGCUAGAUUGAUUGCUCUUACUGCCGCUGUUUGUAAGUCUUUUCAAGAUAGUGUUGAAACUAUCGGUGGUAUAUUUGGUCUGUUCUAUCGCAUUUCUACGUUUGAACCUUUAACAAAAGAUAUUACUCCAAUAAUUGAUCCUAUAAAUAUUAUUGCAAUUCUUUGCAUUGUCUUUGGUUUUAUAAUUGUAGCCAUCGAAAUACCUGUCUUCCCCUUCAAGGGCACUUUUAUAGCAUCAUCUUUUAUCCCACGAAUCAUAUUAUAUUUAAUCAUUAGUGGCGUUUCUAUUUUAAAUUAUCAAAAUGUCAAUCCCGCUUUAUAUUUACUCAUCGCCGCUAUUAUGUAUAUUGCUGCAGCGAGAGGUGGUGAAGGAAGAUAUAGAAUUAAACAAGAUAAUUCAAGAAGAAAAAUGGUAGUAUGA